CAGCAGUCGCCGCCGCCGCCGCCGCCGCCGCUGCCUCCGCGCGGGAGACGCUGAGGAGCCGGAGCGGGGCCCCGAGCCGUGGGGACUACCCGGCAUGGAUCAGUGCGUGACGGUGGAGCGGGAGCUGGAGAAGGUGCUGCACAAGUUCUCGGGCUACGGGCAGCUGUGCGAGCGCGGCCUGGAGGAGCUAAUCGACUACACGGGCGGCCUCAAGCACGAGAUCCUGCAGAGCCAGGGCCAAGAUGGUGAAUUAUCAGGGACACUGUCACUUGUUUUGACACAGUGCUGUAAAAGAAUAAAGGACACAGUCCAAAAACUGGCUUCCGAUCACAAAGACAUCCACAGCAGUGUCUCCCGGGUUGGAAAAGCCAUUGACAAGAAUUUUGAUUCCGACAUCAGUAGUGUGGGAAUUGAUGGCUGUUGGCAGGCAGACAGCCAGCGGAUCCUCAAUGAGGUGAUGGUGGAGCACUUUUUCCGACAAGGAAUGCUGGAUGUAGCUGAGGAGCUCUGUCAGGAAUCUGGACUGUCUAUAGACCCAAGUCAAAAAGAACCAUUUGUGGAAUUAAAUCGAAUAUUGGAAGCAUUAAAAGUCCGAGUUCUGAGACCUGCUUUGGAGUGGGCGGUGUCAAAUCGGGAGAUGCUCAUGGCCCAGAACAGCUCCUUGGAGUUCAAGUUGCACAGAUUGUACUUCAUCAGCUUGUUAAUGGGUGGGACCGCAAACCAGCGGGAAGCUUUGCAAUAUGCUAAAAACUUUCAGCCAUUUGCCCUAAACCACCAGAAAGAUAUCCAGGUCUUGAUGGGAAGCCUCGUGUACCUGAGGCAGGGCAUUGAGAACUCACCUUACGUUCACCUGCUUGAUGCAAACCAGUGGGCGGACAUCUGUGACAUCUUCACUCGGGACGCCUGCGCUCUCUUGGGACUGUCUGUGGAGUCACCACUCAGUGUUAGUUUCUCAGCAGGCUGUGUAGCCCUGCCGGCUCUGAUUAACAUCAAGGCGGUGAUUGAGCAGAGGCAGUGCACAGGCGUUUGGAACCAGAAGGACGAGUUGCCUAUUGAAGUGGACCUUGGUAAAAAGUGCUGGUAUCACUCUAUAUUCGCUUGUCCCAUUCUUCGUCAGCAAACAACAGAUAAUAAUCCACCUAUGAAAUUGGUCUGUGGUCAUAUUAUCUCAAGAGAUGCGCUGAAUAAAAUGUUUAAUGGUAGCAAAUUAAAAUGUCCUUACUGCCCGAUGGAACAGAGUCCAGGAGACGCCAAACAGAUCUUUUUCUGAAGAGUCACUCCGACGCCGCUCGUAAGUGAUGCCUUGGAUGGCAGGCGCCUUUCAGAGGACUAGACAAUACUUGCUACAUUUGCUCCACAGACCGCGGACUCCCGGGCUGCUCAGAGCAAAAGCGUCAGAACCUUGGUCAGCGUUUUGAGUGUGUCCACGCUGCGGGCAAGUGCUCUGGAAUCGAUCUUACCAUAGGGCUUUAUUAUACUCUUGGUCUUCAUUUCUGAUCAAGUAAAUACACCAGCAGUUGUCAUUCAAUGCCGGUUUUUGUACUUAAUUAUAUGGUGAUUUUUUUUUUUUACUUUUUAAGAGCAGAAACGAGAAAUCACCCUCCCCCAUGUGUUGAAUAUUUCUCCUGCUUUUAUUCAUCCUCUUCUUGAUGAUUUUCAUCUUUGAAGAAUGUUUGUGAAAAAGUUUUAUUUCCUGUUAUGUGUACAUAAUUAAAAAUACUUCAGAAAAAGUUUGAUAAAUUGAAUAGUGGUUAUAAAAGUAAUUUGUAUUUUUUGCUUAAAGAAGAAAACAAGCUGUGAUAUAUUCUGAGUCUGCUUUCAAAUGUUUCCCUCUGCCCCUUCUUGCAGCUCCUCUUGAAGCCAGACACACAGACACAUGCACAUGGACACACACAAACACAAAACACAAGCACACACCAGACACAUGCACACGCAGAGACAGACACACCGUCAGACAUGCAUACAAAUAGAUGCACACAUGCACAUGAACAUGCAUACACAUUCACACACCAGACAUGUGCACAUGCAUACAGACAUAGACACACGUCCCCACACACAUACAUGCUUAGACAGACACAUGCACACGUACACAGGCACAUAGACACACAGACGGACACGCAGACAGUCACACGCAUACAGACACACAUCUGGCUGUGGCCCUGCCCGGGGCUGGCUGCCCCAGUGACCGCUGGAGAGAAUACAGUGGGGGGCCUUGUUCUCCGAGCAAGCUCAGUCCCCGCUCGGGGGCCCUCCUGGCCUGGGGGCACUUUGCUCCUGGAGCUGACAGGCCGUUGUUUGCUGCCUGGGCUCUCAGGUUCCUCGCUGUCUCUCUGAAGGUGCGUGGGUGCAGCCUGCAGUUGUGAGCUCACAUUGUCUCGUCCUUUAAGCUAAAAGCUCGCUCACCAUCCCCUCAGAAUGCAUCUGCUUGUUGUCAUUUGUCUGUAGCUGUCGCAUACUCGUGCUCUCCUCCACACGGGAUGUCACAUCGUUGCUCGCCUCUGAUAAGAUUAUUCCCUUUUCUCUUGAAUGCAUUGUCUCCAAGGUCGCCAUACGACACGUGCAAGAACUUUUUUUUGUGAACUCUGUAGAGAAGAGCUCUUAGGAGAGAAGGUGCCAGUGUCGCGUGUCGUAGAGAAGAACGUGAUUGGGAAAUCCACCUUGUUGAAACCCCAUUUCAUUGGAUUUUGGAACUGGACACAAUGUAAAAACCCUUCAUGAGGUGUUGGAGAAGACUGAGCAGGAGAAGGAGUUUGAGGUUUCAGGAUGGAAUCUCCAGGGUUGACUUGGCUACUAAAGACAGCUGGGAUGGGGUGAACUGGGGCUCAGGCUGAGUUACCAGGUGAGCAGCAUCGGGGCCUUCUCUGGGGAAGAUUUGGAUGGCCAGGGCAGAGAGAAGGCCAACGAAAUGAAACACAAGAUGCUCCUUGGGUGACCCGAGUAGGUUUUCUGGAUCUUUGAUUUACUUGGUUCUUGUAUUUAUUUGGAUAAGAUCUGAAAUAAGAGGGUUUUGCUUCUUUUGUCCUAAAUGUUUGCCUGUUGUUGUCUUCUGCUCAUAGCUAGAAACUGCCAUAAGUCACUCGACAACCAGCAGAUUGUGGGCCAAUGUUGGAAAGAAGCAGUUUCAAGGAAUUCUUGUCAUUAGGGUAUUUAUCAAGUCUCUGUUUUUUCCCUCCACAGAUUUAGCCCCUGCCAAGCUAAAUUUAGUUCUAUACUAAUCAUAUCCUGUUCUUUGAACUUCUAUGCCUAUAUCACACUUAGAAUUUAUGGAAAAUCUUAAGAAUACUUAGAAAAAAUGUGUCAGUGCUUGGUGGGCCAGACAUUUCUGAAAGCAGACAGGUGCUGUUUGCAAGACCAUAAGCCAUAGAAUUGCUAUAAAUUUCAUUUAUCCCAGUGCUAGAAAUUUUGUUAGAUUUAUAGUUUAUAAAAAGUAUAUAGAGAGAACAUGACUUAACUGUAGCAUUUGGACUUGACUUUCCAUUUCCCUAGGGCAGUGUUAGGGCCUUAAGAUAUGAAAUUAAAUUUGGGGAUAGGUGAUGACUUAGUUUCCAAACCAUUUUGUCUGAAGACACGCUUUAGAAAGCACAGCUUGUGCCAUUACGUUGAUUCACUUAAGACUAGAUGUCUCGGGAAAAGUAUUUGAAGAGACUAGGGACUGCGCUUUUGUAUACGGUAACCAAAGAUGACCUUCUGAUCCCGGUACUAUUUCACCGUCACGUGAGAUGGCUUAUCCUCGCGGUAGCUGAUGCCCAUGUUCAAAGGGCACAAAAGGGGGGUGUCCGGUCCCACCUGUUGGACGCUAAUGGGACAGUCAGGGUUUUUUACAGGGUGAAAACAGCAAACCACAGGAAUACAGGAAAGCCGUUUCCAAAUGGUUUCUCCAAGUUUUGAGUUUGAAAGUUUUCUCGUGAGUCCUGGCCAUGGGCAGUGACCAUGCCUUCUAUGUGGCCCGCACUUCUAUGCUAAGCCAGUCGAGACCUUACUCUUCAAGUGCUGGGCCGUGACCGGACUUGCUCUUUUUCUAAUUGAGUUUUCAGAUGGCUCGGGUUGUCUUCGCCAUGUUCACUUGUAUGCAAUCCCUUUGAGACGCCAUUGCUUUUGCUUUUCGUGGUGAUCAUCUGAAUUACUUUUCAAGGUGAAAGAUUUGUCACAUAAAUGAACGGGUAUUGGUGCUUCUUGGGACACAAGAGCCACCUCACAUUCAUAGAGUGUGUGAGUUAUAAGUGUGUGAGUAUUUAAUUGAAAAUAUGAUGCUAGAGAAACACAGCCUUUGUUGUGAUUACCUAGGGCAGUUCUCGAUGGCAGGGGGUGGGUGGUCCGCCCCCCUCCCUCCCAAAGCUAGCCUAGCAGAGUUGGGGCCGAGAGUGCUGCUGCCACCGGCCUCGGCCUCUUCAGCGUCCAAGCUCGAAGGGCCCCUUAAUCAACCAGGAGAGUUUGCUCAGCCUCAUAGGACAAGCUGCUGGUGCCAGUCAUUUGGGUAAAGCGACAGCCAGUCAGUUUGUUUAACCAGCAAACUCGGUUAUCUUCAAAGAGGGGAACGGGGGCAGGGGGUGGGGGGCUGCUCAAGUUCAUCAGUAGGAUGGAAGCCAGAUCGCUUGGCUCACUCGCGGAGGCAGUCUCUGACCGCACUGAUUGCCAGCUCUCUCCAGGGGAGGCUGGGGAGCUGCCCCCAGGCUGUGUUCAGGUGUGGGUGAGUCUUAUACAUACAGUAGUACAUUCAUGUUUACCUUAAGCAGGUACAAGAAACCUUGGUAUUGAAUUGUAAGCAGGUAGAUACCAAAAAUGGGUAGAAUGACACAUGUAUUUUUAAUAGUAGAUAAGUCGUUUCCUUUGCAGUGUGCAUUUUUACAGCUGUUCUUCAGCAUCAGGGGAGAGACCGAGUUUAGUUUCUAAAACAUUCUCUGUCCCAACCCCCCUCAGCUUUCGCUAUAGUAAAAAUCAUAUCGUUUCUUUUCUCCCAGGAGGGAAUGAAAAAGGAGAAGGUAGUUGGCUUAGCAGCCUUUCUUUUGUCAGCUCGGUCUCGUAGUUGGUGGGAAUCUGCACUUGCUAGGGCCUCUGCCGCUACAAGUUCUCUUUCCCGACAAGCCAGGGAUGGGGUUCCCUAGGACGCAGUAGUGCCUCUUGUGGGGAGAGGGUGGGGUGAGUGUGAGAAGUUGGGUGUGUGUGUCGGGGGGCGGGGUGCACGCGUGGACCCGAAAGUGAACAGGAUGACCUCCGGAUUCAGGUCUGUCGGGAGGGCCGCAACUUGGCUGUACGGCUGCCUCAGGAUUGCCAGCAGCGUGCCCGUGUGGUGUUUCCCCCACCCCUAGGUCAUCCAAUCAUCUUGUUCAGAUGGCUCAGGAUUGUAUUUCUUUUGCUUCUUUUGUGCUGUAGGGUUCAAUAGUCUUUCUAUAAUUAUGUAACAGAAAUAGUGUUGCACUGUAAUGUAUCAUAUAGAGCUAUAUGUAUGAAAUUUGAUCCGUUUUUUAAAGAAAAAAAUCUAUGUAUCUUUGCAAAGGCACAAUAAAGCUGCAUCUUAGAGACUAUAGGCAAUAACGCUAACAAUAAACACUAUUUAACACAUGAA